AUGGAGUCAAUAUAUCUUCAAAAGCACCUUGGGGCAUGUUUAACUCAAGGUCUUGCAGAAGUGGCAAGAGUUCGCCCAGUGGAUCCAAUAGAAUAUUUAGCAUUGUGGAUUUACAAGUUUAAGGAAAAUGUGACCAUGGAACAACUGAGACAAAAGGAAAUGGCCGAGCUGGAGCAUGAAAGAGAAUUAGCUCUGAUGGAGCAGGAAAUGAUGGAGAGGCUUAAAGCAGAGGAGCUCUUACUUCAGCAGCAACAGCUGGCAUUGCAGCUGGAGUUGGAAAUGCAAGAAAAAGAGAGGCAGAGAAUACAAGAACUACAGAGAGCUCAAAAACAAUUAGACAAGGAGAUGAGAAUGAAUAUGGAAAAUCUAGUUAGGAGUGAAGAUACUCUACAUUCAGAGGAAGCAACACUAGACUCAGGCAAAACACUAGCUGAAAUCAGCGAUCGUUAUGGAGCACCUAACUUGAGCAGAGUGGAAGAACUUGAUGAACCAAUGUUUUCUGAUAUUGCAUUAAACAUUGAUCAAGAUUUGUAGGACCAACCAACCUGAGAGCAAUAAAUGUUUUUGUUUGUUUCAAAUUUCAAA